CUUUACGCGCGCAGCAUUACGCGUCAGUGGACUACAGCGCGAGGACGCGUUUUUCUCCCCACGGUCUGUUUGGAAACUCAUCACUCAUCCAUUCUGGACUCCUUUUGGACAUAAGGACGUCCCGUGGUUUCCAACAAAGUCUGGACAACUCCUCAGCCUCCUUUUUUCUCCGUGCACACUUUGGAUCUAUAAGCUCCCGAGUCGCGCGCUCGUGUGCUGUUUUGUUUUUUUGUUUUUAAAAAAAUGCAAGCCGGACGCAAAUCGUGUUGGAGGCAAAUACAAGCUUCGUUUUUCAGACUGCUGUGUCUUAUCCCUACAGGAUUCCCCGUCCGGAGCGUGGACAUGCAACGCGCUACGGACAACAUCACCAUCCGCCAGGGCGACACGGCGAUUAUCAGGUGUUACGUUGAUGACAAGUAUCCAAGGUGGCCUGGCCUUAAUCGAUCCAACAUCAUAUUUGCUGGUCAAGACAAGUGGUCUCUGGAUCCCAGAGUAGAUCUGGUCAAAGGACAGCUGGAGUACAGCCUGCGUAUACAGAAGGUGGACGUGUAUGAUGAAGGGUCCUACACCUGCUCCAUACAGACUAAACAGCAGCCCAAGACCUCACAGGUCUACCUCAUUGUGCAAGUUCCAGCUAACAUCUACAGAGUGUCAGAAGACAUCACAGUGAAUGAAGGCAGUAAUGUGACACUCAGUUGUUUGGCCAGCGGAAGGCCAGACCCUGCAAUUACCUGGCGACUGCUCAAUCCUUCAGCAGAGCCUUUGGAUGGAGAAGAGUAUCUAGACAUUAUAGGUAUCAUGAGGAACCAAGCCGGCCGCUACGAAUGCAAAGCCAGCAACGACGUGGCCACGCCCGAUUUCAAAUAUGUCAACGUGAUUGUCAACUACCCUCCGACAAUUAGGAAAACCCUGAGCUCAGAAACUCCGGUGGGUCGCAUGGGAACACUGCAGUGUGACGCCACCGCUGUGCCCACACCAGAGUUUGAGUGGUACAGGGACGACAAAAGGCUGUCCAAUGCCCAGGGCAUCAAUAUCCACAUUCUUGGAACUACUACUGUUCUCAUGAUUGCUAACGUCACUGAAGAGGAUUAUGGGAACUACACCUGUGUGGCCUCGAACCGACUGGGCAUCCAGAACGCCAGCCUUUUCCUGUAUAGACCUGGGACAGGUCAAGAUAUCAAUGGUUCCGCCUCUGUAUCUCAGUCACUGUGGAUCCUGCUCGCCUGCUUCGCCUUCCUUUUCUUCAAGUGUUAAUACCGCUAUCAUCUUUUUUUGCUCCCUUGGCCUCCUUCUCUCCCUCCCUCAGUGUCUCCAACUCACCGACAUCCUUAUCGCAACCUUAUACCCAACUUUUUCCGCUCCCACCAGACUGUUUGCAUCAUGUUAUAAAAAAAAAACUUACGAGCUCUCGAGCACUGCUUACAGAUAUUACGAAAAGCAAUGAGCAAAAUGGCAAGUUUUAAGAACAA